UUACUGUUAAUAUUAAAUAAAGAGUGACGCGUAUAAUAAAUAAAUUAAAGAAAAUAUAGAAAUAUAGCAUUAUAUUAAUUAUAAUAAUGUUUCACAAUAAAUAGUAAUGUCAAUCGUACUAAAUAAUUAAAUAUAGAAUAAUUAUGGAGGAAUAAACCUCUGAUAGCCUAGAAUAUUUAACUGGAAGAUUGUAUCUAAGUACAUAUAAAUAGAAUAAGUAAUAAGAAGUUGUAGAAUGGAUAAAGUGAAGAACGUAUAUGUGUAAGCUUAUAUCCCAAAUUUGAAUUAGUAGAAAGUAUAAAUGUAUAAGUAUAAUAUUUAGUAAAGAACAUAGAUAUAUAAGAAUAUAUACAUAUAAGCAUGAGUGUGAACAUGAGAGUAGUGGGGAGAAGUUGGAGAAUGAAGGUCCGAGAUCUCUCUGCCGUCUGAUGUAACUUCACUUCUCUCCGAGAACUCUUUACGAAUACAACUGUUAUUACUGAUCAAGUUUUAUCCAUACUUUAUAAUAAAAUUCAGUCUUCAGAUAAAAGUUAUUUUAUCAAUUACAUCUAUCCUUAAUCAUAGUUUAAUUAUUUCAUUAAAUAACAAUCAUAAUCAUCAUCAUCGUAGUAAACAAUAAAUUUAUCCACUGUUUUCAAAUUCAAAAUUUGGUCCCGCGUGACAACGAACUGCCCACUGUCCAGGAGGUGGCGUCAGCUCCGAUCCUAGUAACCUCCCAGGACAUAACAACUGGUGACAGCGGUGGGAUUGUCACAUCAAUCGGGUUCAACGCAAAUCUGGAGAUUCAACAGCGUUCCGGAAAAUCCUGAUUGGUCCAUCAGCGUUUUGAAAUUCAAAAGCAUCAUCGAGUGUAUUAUUCUGCAUCUGUUCCGGCGUUUCAAUAAGUUUAUCGGCGAUCUUCCAAUUCCAGAGGGUCAAUUCAACUGCGAAGGGUCAUCUAGGAGGAAACUUCAUGCUGACAGAAGAUAUUAGUGAAGUGAAAUUAUGUAGUGCGAUAUUAAUAAGGGCAAUUUCGCGAGUGAAAAGUGAAAAGUGAUUAUUUUUUUUAAGCGUCUUGAAAAUAAACGUUUUUUAUAAAAAAUAAAUAAUAAGAAAAAAAAAUGGCACAAGUGCAAUCAUUGAAAGCUGAUGAACUUCCGAGGAGCUUCGUAGAUGCUAUGCGAGUAUUGUUUCAAAUAAUGGACCAUGAAAAUACUGGAUUUAUAAAAUAUUUAGAUAUUGAAAAACGAUGGCAAGACGAUGGUACGCAGGAACUACCAAAAAAUGUUCUUGAAAAUUUAAAAAAAGUUACUCCAUCCAAUGGAUUAUUAACAUUCGAACGUUUAUGUACUGGUUUAAAAAUAUGUUUAGAACAGAAGCAAAAAGAUAUGGAGUCUUCGAAUAGCCAAAGUCAAUUUGUUACCCCGUUUUCAGCAUCAAAUUUGACGAUCAAUAGUCCCAUGAAAAAUUUAUUAACGUCUCCGAAUACAGCCACAAUACGGCCCAAUAAUGCCAUAUUACAACAACGUACAUUUAGUAUGCCUCAAUUAUCCGAAUCUCGUAAUGAUUCGCGAAAUAUUUCUUUGGACAUGUUUAAAGGAAAAUCCAUUACUGAUGUAAAAUCACUAAAAAUGUUUGGUCCACCGAAACCUCCAAGAACCGGUGCUGCGACUGACGGUCGACUACUGAACGCAGAUCGUAAUUUUGACAAAUCAGAAAUAAGAACAACGUUACAUAAUUGGCAAGUCGGACUUAUGUUGAACGAAGAAAAAUGUCUUCAAAAAAAACAAAUAUCGAAUGCAAACUAUAACGUUGACUCUAGAAGUUUGUUAAAGUCUCAAAAAAAUAUAAAAGAUGAUAAAUUAAUAGAUAUACAAUCUAAUCAUCUUGGAAUUUCGCAAAAGAAAAUAACAUCAAGAAAAAAAGAGUCUAGACGGCACACUUUACAAAAUGGAAUUGAUUUUAAUAUGAUGAAAAGAAUAAAACAAAUUGAAGAAGAAAAAAAUAUUUUACUCCAAGGAUUUGGGGCGAUCGAAAAAGCCCGAGAUUGGUACUUGAAACAAAUUUCCACAACUCAGGAUAAAAUAAAGCAUCUCGGUGAAAUGGCUUCUUAUGUGGAACAAUGGACUGAAUCUCAACAAGAACGAUUAGAACUUCAACGUGCACGCAUUCUCGAAGUAAAUCGACACCUAGCAGCUCUUAUAAAUAGUUGGGAAAGAGGUGGUCUUCCUCUCCAUAUGAAUUUAGCUUUUUUGAAUAGAUCUUCAACACAAAUAAACCAGGACAUUCUCACUCAAUUAAAACAUCAAAAUUACACAUUGACUGAGGAAGUAAACAAACAAAAUUAUAAAAUUGCAUUACUUGAGCAAGAGAAGGACAACCUUAUGCGAGAGCUAUACAACCAACAAAGAGGUAUAAUUCAAUCUCGGCGAUCGACGAUGAUUCAUGAGCAACAUGAUCAAACAUUCAUUAUUUGAUGUCUAUAAGGGAGCAAGAAUUUUUGUUACGAAAAACCACAGGAUGUGAAAAAUUUAUAUUCAAUUGGUGAUAAAAAAUCCAUGCCUUGUACAAAAGUCAUUUCGUUUCGAAUCAAUGAAUUUUAGUUUUCUAUGA